UCCCAGCCUCCAAGGAUCUUACCAGGCCUUGCACGACAAACCAACCGUCUUCUUCUACUGCAUUUCUCUCUCUCUCCUUUCAAACUUUCCUCCUUGUUGUUUUCUUUUGUCCUCCAGAGGAGACCCUGAAGAUGCCCAGAAGUGGUGCCCUCUGCCCACAGAGGUUCAUGUCAUUCUCUUUGGUGGUGCUGUCCUGGUCCCAGUGGAGAACCAGGAGCCUCAACCCCUGUUUGGAGGUGAUCCCAGGGACUGUUUACAGAUGCAUGGAGUUGAACCUUAGUGGAAUCCCAUCAGACAUUCCCAACAGCACUGAAAGCCUGGAUCUCAGCUUCAACCCAUUGAAGAUUUUGACUUCGAAUUAUUUCUCACAGGUUCCUGCACUGAGGUUUCUGGACCUCACUAGGUGCCACAUCUGGAAAAUUGAAGACAAUGCCUUUAUGGGUCUCUGCAACCUUUCUGUCUUGAUCCUGACUGCCAAUCCUCUCCACAUCUUGGAUCCAUGGGCGUUUCAGGAUCUGACAUCUUUGCAAAGGCUGAUAGUUGUAGAAAGCCACAUAUCCCGGCUGGACCGCCUGCCCAUCGGACACCUGACUACUCUCCAAGAGCUGAAUCUGAGCAACAACCACAUUGAUUCCUUGAGGCUCCCGGAAUAUUUCUCCCAACUAAUCGUCCUCCAGCUGUUGAACCUCCAAGCAAACAAAAUCUCCUCUAUCUUUGUAGGAGACCUUGAUGCUCUCCCCAGCCAGAACGUGACACUUGUGUUGUCUAAGAAUUACAUCAAAUAUAUUGAACUGAAUAGCUUUUCUGGGGUUUACUUUCAAGAACUAUCCCUAAGGGGCUGUUUUGAGAGCAGUGCCCUUAUGCAAGCCAGCCUCCAGAACCUGACUGGCUUACAUGUCAACCACCUUGUUUUAGGAGACUAUAGAAACAUUGCAAGGCUGGAGACUUUCAACAAACCUCUUUUGGAUGGACUCUGCCAUGUGAGGUUGCAGGAGAUAACUCUCAUUCAAAUAUCUGUCCUCUACACUACCGACAGCCUCUCAGAUUGCUUGCACAACAUCCCUUCGGUGAGGCUGGUGAGCACCGACAUCAAAGAAGUCACUCCGUUCCCAAAGAACUCCAGUAUACGCCAACUUGAAUUCAAGAAUUGCAAGCUGAGAGGGGUGCCUGCUGACAGCCUGUCUUCCUUAAAGGAGCUAAGAGUGCUCCGCAUCACCAAGAACCCCAGGUACCUCAUGAGAUAUGUAGAGGACUUUCAGGGCCUCCAAAAUCUUGAGACCCUGGAUCUCAGCGAGAAUACCCUCAUAGUCAACAUUUACUGGUCAUCCUUCAUGGAAGAGGUUCCAAAUCUGAAGCACCUGAACCUUAGUUUCAACUCUAAAGUUGCAUUACCUCCAGAGUGCUCUGGAGUCUCCAAGCUAGAAUAUUUGGAUUUGCAACAAACCCGGCUCGGUUUUACAGGUGCUCUGCCUUCUUUCUUGUGCCUUGGAAACCUCAUCUAUCUUGACAUUUCUCACUCCAGUACUCACAUUGUAACAGAGUGCUCUUUUUGUGGCUUGGACAACCUGAGAGUUCUCAAAAUGGCUGGCAGCUCUUUUGAGGGCAAUCAACUGGCAGGCAACUUCAAGAACCUCACCAAGCUACAAAUCCUGGACAUUUCCAGUUGCCAACUGAAGCAUAUUGUGCCCAGUGCCUUAGCUCAGCUCCAUGAUCUCCGUGAGCUCAACAUCAGCCAUAACAAAUUGUUAAGCCUUGAUCCCAAAGUCUAUGUGCACCUCCAUGCCCUCACCAUACUGGAUCUCCACAGCAACCAGUUGGCUGCUUUGACAGCGCAGGCUCUUGAGGACUUGCCUACUAGCCUGAAGUAUCUGGACCUCUCUUGGAACCUUUUUGAUUGCUCUUGUGACCAUUUGAUUUUCUUUAGGUGGGCAACGAACCACCAGGAUAUCCUUAAGCAUGCUGAUUUCAUGGUUUGCCAUAGUCCCUUGGACUUAAAAGAUGUCCGCCUGGUAAGUUUCGACCUGUCCUCUUGUCAUGUCAGUAAAACCACAGUGGCUGCUUCAGUCACCACCCUUCUGGUUCUGGUCCUUUUUGCAAUCCUGGUUUAUAAGUACUAUUUCCAUCUGUAUUAUAUGGUGGUGUUGCUCAGUAGAGACCACCAUUCAACGGAGAAGGAGCACACUUACGAUGCGUUUGUCAUCUACUCCAGUGAGGACCAGGAAUGGGUGACAAAGGAACUGGAGGAAACCCUAGAGGUUGGAGUGCCUCGCUUCCGCCUCUGUCUCUACUAUCGGGAUUUUGUUCCUGGAGUGUCCAUCAUCACCAACAUUAUCAAGGAAGGCUUCCAGAGCAGCCGCAAAGUCAUUGCGGUAGUUUCCACCCAUUUCCUCGAGAGUCGCUGGUGUAACUUCGAGCUUGAGGUGGCCCAGUCUUGGCAGCUCCUGGACAGCAAAGCCAGCCUGGUCUUGGUCGUUCUGGAAGGUGUGGACAAGGCGGUCGUACGACGGAAGCUGGGAGUCUUCCGCUACUUGCGGAGGAACACUUACUUGGUGUGGCGGGACCGGGAACUGACCCGACACGUGUUUCUCAGGCAGCUGAAGUCAGCCUUGCUUGAUGGCAAGACAUGGACGGAAGAAGAGCUGAAGCUAAUGCUAAACAAUUAGGAUUCUACAACUUGAAUCUGGAUUAGAGUAAACCUAUUGAGUCCAUGGUAUUUAUGGAAGCAUUGACCCAGGGCUCAAAAACUUAUAUGAUGGAUCUAAUCUAGAUGGAACUAUGAAUAGGAUUCAAGCCUAUUUCUCUUUUUUUACCCUGCCAUGCUGAGCCCAGUUAUCAAGUGAAAAGAAGUGUUAUUAUUAUUGUUAUUAUUAACCUUUAUUGCCAAAGUGUUGUUGUCUUUGUGUCUGGAAGCAUUUCUGUUCCUAUUCUGACCCGUCCUUAUUUGCUAGACACAGACUGUAUUUAUCCCUGUCCUCUAUAGCAGAUUGACCGUUGUGAACAUUUUAUUAAUGUUUGAUUGUUUUGUUCCAUGAUUCAGUCCUGACUUUAGGACAGAGUAUGGGGUAUCAUGUGUCCCACCUGAUGUUGUUGGACUACAACUCCCAAUCUUCCUCACCACUGGCUAUGCCACCUAAGACUGUUGGGAUAUAGACUCCAACAAGAAUGGGAGGGCCACAGGCUUCUUACCUCUGCUGCAGCACAAGGCCAAAGAACCGGCAGAUGUUGGCCAUAGAGUUGCCCUGGAACACCUAGGGUUUCCUACAAAGAACAUAUGAAUCAAAUCUGUGAAUAACCAAAUCUGCAAAUGUCAAAUGUGGAGGGCCAACUCUAUAUGAUUCCUAGAGCCACCAUUCAAAUGAACCAGCAUACAUGGCCUUCUAAUACAUGGUUUUUGGAGAGAUAUCUUUUCAGAGGAGGCUUUUGGCUCUUGUGUGAUCCUGGAGAUGCCUUUUCCAGAAAGGAAGGCUUCUGCUAAAAUCAAAGAAGCGGGAAAAUCUGAGCAUGGGAAGGGGGCAAAGCUGGUAGAAACGAGGCCAUUUCUCAAGACGCUUAGGGCUGAAGGUGGACGUAAUGUUACAACGCAAUGUCAAUAUUAGCCUUGAUUUCAAACACUAUAAUUUAAAUUAGAGAGUGGAAGCAGGACGGGGGGGGGGGGGAGAAAUAAAGUGCAGUUUGUGAAUUUGAAUGCCUGCAUAUAAAAUUGGUUUGAGUGUUGGACUAUGACUCUGGAGAGCAGGGUUCGAUUCCCCACUCGGCCAUGAAACCCAAUGGGUGACCUUUGGGCAAGUUAUGCCCUCUCAGUCUCAGGGGACAGCAAUGGCAAACCCCCCUGAACAAAUCUUGCCAAGAAAAUCCCAUUGUAGGAUUGAUUGUAUUCUGUUGGGUGCGAUGAUAGGAGUGUUCACUGAAAAUCUUAUACGGAUGAGGUUUUUAAAAUGGAAAGGGUUCCUUAGCUAUGAUUUUCCCCAUAUAGAAUCAUAGAGUUGGAAGAGACCUCAAAGGUUUUCCAAUGCAACCCUCCUGCCAUGCAGGAAUGCACAAUCAAUAUACGUUUUCCACUUGACACAGAAGGCAAAGCACUAGUCAUACAAGUAAAGCCCUAUAUAGCUUGUAUUUACACCAUGAUAGGUUUGCCUUAAGGUCGCCGUAAGUCGGAAACAACUUGAAGGCACACAAGAACAAAUGACAGGGACAUCCUCUGCCAUAAUUUUCCUUCCAUACCUGCAUCUCUCUCUAUGUCUGUCUAUGUGUCU